AUGGUCACCAUUGGUGAGCCAAUGUCUGCAACACCAUACGAAAAAACACGUUGCAAACCUCUUAUAAAGCCAUUCGAAACAGGUGAUUUAUGCUGCGUUUGCGGUGAUGUUGCUUCCGGUAUCCAUUAUUCUGUCCCGGCAUGCAAUGGAUGUAAAACAUUUUUUAGACGUGUGGUUUUAGAGAAUCGCACAUAUUCAUGUAAAAAUAACGGAGAUUGCAUAAUUGAUAAAUCUAUGAGAUGUUCAUGCAGGCAUUGCAGAUAUAAAAAAUGCAUACUUGUUGGAAUGGAUAGAGCUGAAUUGAGUAUGGAACGACGACGGAAACGGAAAAAGUUGAAUGGGCUUGAUGAUGAUGAUAUUAAGGAAAUCGAAGUAAAGGACCCACUCAUUGACUUGUUAUUAGAAAAGGAAAAUAGGUUUCAAAUGUUACUGGUUUCUGCUGAAAUGCAAAUACACACCACAUUACACGAAGCGUUAAACAAUGGCCAUCGAGAAUUUGACGUGGUAUAUACAAAACACACUCGAAAAAUGGAUUCAAAGUAUCCGACGAACUUUUCUUUUUGGAGAGCGAAGAUUUUGAGUGUGAUUGCGGAAUGGGCCAAGUCUUUCGAGGUAUUUUCUCGUCUUGGACAGGAGGAUCAGAAGCGAUUAUUCAUCCAUACUGCUUUUUCGAAUCUUGUUCUGGCUGAAGCAUUUCAUACCCCCGAGAAUUUCACCGACCGAGUUGUAUUUCCCGAUGGAUUAUCAGGGUUCCGAAGUGUCGCUCAAACCGUGGCAAGCGACGCGGUUUCGAAUCGAACGUUUGGCCUCACCCCAACCGUCGUUGCAGUCAUCAACGAUGUGCUGGUGCCAAUUCGGAAGAUGCGCCUCAACAAAAUUGAAUUCGUCCUUCUACAAGCCAUUAUUUUCUACGAUCCAGAUUGUUUGUCGCUGACGAACCACGCAGCACAACUGAUUGGUGCCAAACGUCGUCGUCUAUUGAAUUCUCUUCAAUGUUAUUUACGCAAUCAUCUCAAGGAUCCUAUUGAAGUGGCGACACGGUUCGCUGAAAUUUUAUUGCGAAUUUGUAAUGUCCAGAAAGUUGCUGCAUACAAGCGUGAAACCCUUUGUACCAUUGAAACCUUCGAACUCAUGCAGCCUCAUCCAUUCACAAUGGAGAUUUCCAGGAAUUACCCAGAUCUAUCUUAUUUUUAA